AUGUCGCAGUCUCCCAAAUCACCUCUUCCCAAACGAUGCAGAAUAGCCUGCACGCAAUGCAGACAGCAAAAGGUCGUUCUCACUGCGAUAGAGGAAAGCAUCGCAUUAACAACAGUACAGGCAAAAUGCGACGCCUCGUUAAACCCGGACAAACCGUGCAGUCGCUGCGCCAAAGUCAAGGCCGAGUGUGUCAUUCACGACUCCUUCAAACGGGAGAACAAACGCCAACGCCUCUCAGAGCUCGAAAAUGAAGCAUACGAUCUACGAAAGCGACUGAGGGCAUCAGCCCCCGCCGAGUCACCCACCCCGAUUGCCAUGUUGACGGCGGCCGCAGAGAUGGGAGCGCAUUCGGAUAAUAAUAACGGGAGGGAAUUACAGGCACACUCUACACCAACGACAACUAUUUCGGCUUACUCGCAGCCCUUGCUGUCUUCGUCGUGUACGCCACAGAUGGAUGCCGUUCCGGACAGACGCAUCGCGGAUUUGACUAUACCGCGAACAUUGAACAAUAUCACGCUGUCGGGGAAAGAGAUUGACGAGCUGUUUCAGCUGUUCUUUACUCAGUACGUGCAGUUUCUUCCAAUUCUUGAUCCCCAGACCACCCCUAAUGCCUACUACGCACAAUCUUCCUUUCUCUUCUGGGCCAUUAUCGGUGUCGCAUGCAGGACAUAUUCCAGGAACCCGACGUUGGUCACCGCUCUAUCGCGCAGCAUCACAGAGAUGGCCUUGCUAUCGGCUGCUUCCACGUCCGCUCCAUGGCACACUAUUCAAGCCCUCUUCCUGGUCCUCACCUGGCCGUUUCCAAAAGAUAUGACCAGGCCUGACCUGACGUUCCCAAUGAGUGGAAUGCUCCUUCAUAUUGCAAUGCAGAACGGCUUGCACAUUCCCAUGUCCAGUCACGAGUUUUCCAGGGUCAAGAUUCCUGCACUGUCAGAGGUGGAUAUGACCCGGCGCUCUGAGCUAUGGGCUCAUUGCGUUAUCGUUUAUCAACGUGCUUGUAUCACUAAAGGACAGUCCCCUCGCACUCUUGUGAGCUUCGAGCAGGACCCAGGACAGAGCCAAGUUUUUUUGCAAAGGAUCGCGCCAAGUUUGGUCCUGAAGGUCCGGUGCCAUGAAACUGUCGCCAGAUGCAGUGCUGCCGUUCUGGAAAAUGGUGUGCGCAACAUGUCUGUGGACCAGGAACGGGCUUUAGAUAUUCUCAUUCGGAAUUUUGAAGGGCAAAUAAACGACCUCGACACUCAAGCAAGCUCGGAUGACAAAUUCCACACAAUGCUUGCCCGUCUCAGUGUUCAAGCCUUUCACCUUUUUAAAGGCCAAACAAUUUUGACCACCGGCUGCCUUCCACGACUUCUUUCCACGUGCUGCGCCAUGAUCGAUUGUAUCCAAGAUCUGGGACAGAGGAUUAGGGAUCUCGCGAUGGCACCAGUGCAGGUUUCAUUUGCAAUGCUUCUGGCUUCGGUAACAAUAUUACGAAUUCUCAAGAGCACGACAUUUUCACGCGAACUAGACGUCGAGCGUGCAAAAGCCUCCUUUUUCACGGCUAUCAACCUGGCAAAACAAAUGACAAUCGACAGCAGCGACAUGGCAUCUAAAAGCGUCAUAAUCCUAAACCAGCUCUGGAACAGCACCAAAGCCUUUCGGAAACCUGAUGGCAGCGAAUACACUGCACUUCGCAUUCGAAGCCGUCUUGUGCUCAGUCCCGUUCUCGAUGUUGUAUGGUGGUGGCGCGAUGAAUUCGACGCGCAGUAUCGUACUAUGGUUCUUCCCCAAGAGGCGUCAGAGGGAGUCGAUACUCAUGAAAAUUCCGCUGCUCCUUCGCAUACAUGGACAGGCUCCGUCGAUCGACAGGAUUCUCUGUGCUUGGACGAUCAGUUUCUGGCGGAUUUCGAAUGGGCGCUGGGUGACGGAGGCCUGUUUCCUCCUACGGAGCCUUAUUGUCAAACUUGGUCGUCUUUUGGUCUGAUUCUGUGA